AUGAGGAGAAAUAGGUUUGCGUCUCUUCUCAGCUUGCUGGUGUUUGUUUUCCUUGCUUUCCAAGCUAUCGAUGGCGCUGAUACAAUUGAACAAGCUAACAGAGAGUAUCCCUUCCCUACACAGUUUUUGAAUCUUAGCAUCAAUGGUGAUGGAAAGCUUGUGAUUUCGGAUGACAAGUCGGACUACAAUGUGACAGAUACUACAACCAGCCGCAACACUGAGGCAUUGCUACUAGAUUCAGGUAACCUUGUAUUGCGCGACCCUAGUAGCUUAGAAGUUCUAUGGGAAAGUUUUGAUGAUACCACAAAUACUAUUUUGCCUGAAAUGCCUUUUCCAGACGUUGAUAAAUUAGGACAUAAGUGGUCGCUAGUGUCAUGGAGAACUUCGAAGGAUCCAGCCCCUGGUUCAUUCUCUUUGGAACUAGAACAUGGAUCUUUAAGUAUUAAGCAGGGUUCCAAAACAUACUGGACUGAUACUCAAAACCUCUUCUGGAGUCCCUCUCCUGUUAGUAACAGAUCUCCGAAAUUUCAUAAUACUUCUGGUGUUGGUAACGGAUAUUGGGAAUUUCCUAAUACUUCUGCACAGAUUGUACUAGAUGCACUUGGGCAGCUUAAGCUACAGUCCUGGUCUGAAGAUGACCAACGUUGGCAUACAUCAGUGUCUUCAAAGUGUUCCUAUCAUAGAUGUGGUGUUUUUAGCAUUUGCAGCAUCCCUGGUGAAAAAGCAUGCCACUGUUUAGAAGGUUUUAGACCUAUUGGGAACCGGGAAUCUGAAGGUUGUGUUAGAAAAACCAAAUUGCAGUGCAGCAAUGAAGAAGGUCAUGUAGAUAAUGAUCGGUUUCUUUUGAUGCUUUAUGUAGACUAUCCAAGUGAUGGACAUGUGUUAAAGCUAGUUACUAAUGCAGCAGAUUGUAAAUCAGAGUGUUUGGACAACUGUUCUUGCAUUGCUUAUGCUUAUGAGUCUAACCUUGGGUGCUUAGUCUGGUAUGAAGAUUUGUUCGAUCUGAAGCAACUUCCACAAAAUGAUAUUGAUGGAAAAAGCUUUUAUCUCAAGCUUGCAAGCUAA